GUGGAUCGACGGCCCAUCGAUCCCCCUCCGAUCAUUGUAACACACACCUACAAUCCGUACCACUUUAUGUACGGCUCGCUGGUCUCGGCCGACAGCGACGAAGAACUCCAUCUCCUGCGCGAUGGCAAGACUCGAUCCACAACCGGCUCGAUCGUCUCGUCGCUCUAUCGCUUGAAAGAUCUGGAUGGCAAAGAAGGCGCCUAUUUUGUGUUCCCGGAUCUUUCUGUCAGAAUGGAGGGAUCGUACCGCCUCAAGGUAACAGCAGCAUUCCGUUCAUGCACGUCCAUCCCGUUGUGCAUUGGGCCUGGUCUCUACGACGCGUGUGAAGCCGUCUGGUCAUGA